AUGACUAUGAAGCAAAACUUGAAACCUUUUAGUAUUCAUCCAGCAGACUAUGGGGUUGGAGUUAGGCUCCAUAUUCCACCAUCAGUGUUUCGUAAUUCUUCAAGCCACGUGAUAUAUACUGAUGGAUCAAAGAUAGAUGAUAACGUAGGAAGCGCUUUUGUUGCUUUUCGUGAUAAUCUUCCUCUAGCCCACUGGAAGGGACAUUUAUCUAUGCAGAAUAGUGUUUUUCAAGGGGAAGCAGUGGCGAUAGCACGCGCUAUCCGCUACUUGCUGACUCAGAAUAUAACACAAGCGACAAUCAAUUCUGAUAGCCUUUCUGUCAUCCACGCCAUUGGCAAUCCUGAGCAUUCCUCUCCAAUUAUACGAGACAUUCAACAGGACUUACGUGCUUCUCCGUCUUUCACUAUUCAUAUUGCUUGGGUUAAAGCGCAUGUGGGAGAAUAUGGUAACGAACUUGCAGAUGCCUAUGCCAAGGAGGCGGCUUCUGGUGAUGCUGAUGAGAAUAUAUCCAUUCCUUGGCCACAUUCUUUUCUCAAGCGAACUUUACGUCUUCGAGCAAUUAGUAAGUGGCAAGAGGAAUGGGACAAUAGCUUCACCGGUCGACGUACUUUCUACCAUCUUUCAUAUGUGUCGACAGAUCGCUGCUGUGGCAAUGCCCAUCUUUCCCGUUACAUUUCGGGGCAUGGACCUUUUCCUGAAUUCUUCGCACGCUUUGGCAUAAGUGAUACCAAUGUCUGCAGUUGUGGUGAACUCGGCUCUCCGGAGCACUAUUUAGCCAAUUGUCCCCUGACAGAAGGCCUACACAUACGAUUUCCUACGCAAAAUCGUCAGGCAUUUUGCAAACUCUUAGUUAAGCAAAGACACCUGAUCCGCAAACUAAAUUGCGUAAUGGAGAAAGUCUCCAGCAUUGGGCUUGACCUAUGUCAAGUUUAA